GAGAAGCGGCCACCAGUGUUAUAAGUUUGUAAUUUUGGACAAGGCUCGCAAGUAAUGGUGCCUCCACCCAAACGCGUUGACUCUGUAGAGGCUCGCAAUGCUACCAAACAUCCUAUAACAUUCAAAGUUUCCUUUGACAACCAUAAGGACAAGACGGAGAUAACGGAGGAAUACAUUGUGCAACCUGGGCAGACUCACUUAUUUAAGGAGAAAGUCCUGGACAUGGGCGGCUGGCAGGCGGUGGCUCCAGUACUGCGGGUGACUGCGGAAGGGUCGGCGGGGUCGCAGCUGUUGACCCCUUCUGUGACGGAGGUGGUUAAAGUGCUGCAAGUGGUAGCUGCGGGGGGGGACAGUGAGGGCGGCAACGACCUGCAGCUGACACAGACGCAUUGACGAUAUUAAACUGGGCGACUUCAGUUAGCUUCCAGCUUUUCCGAUGUCAUGAGUUUUCAGAUUUGGCGCGACUGUGGCCCUGUGAUAUGUGUGGCCGCAAGCCGCUUUGAGGAUGGAGAUGCUGCUGGGGAAGAUGGCUGCUGUAUGUGUUGGCCAUCAGUCUGUAGAGGAUGGCUUUUGUGCCGCCUGCUGAUUUACCGCUGUAUUGGAUGCAGACAGAGUGCCACAGGUUUCGGCAAAGAGGGAGGAGGUCUAGAAACUGAAGGCUUGUAAGGCAGGGCUGCAGAGUCAUUUGGCAGUUUCGGGGCCUGGGAGUUCCGGGGCCCAGUGGCAGGAUGUUAGUAAGGAAAGGGCUUUACGUUUUGGCGUUCCGCAGCCACAGGUGGAUGUGAAAGGACCUUUGGGGCAAAGGAUGAGUAAUGAGCUGAGACCAUUCCUGAACCCCCAGCUGGCUAUGUGAUGUAACAUGAUGAUGC